AUGAUAUCAGUAAGAUUCUAUGGAACUACAGCAUAUCUCAUCGACAAAAGUCUUAUACCAAUAGUUUUGUUAUGGAUUGACCCAGUUGUUGGAUAUAACUUCAUAACUUAUGGUUCAUUCGAUACGGAACGUUGCAGUGAAGGCUUACUUUACAUCGUUCAGAAACCGAAGGACUUCAACACAAAAAGAUAUAAGAUAGGAAGAACAUAUAAUAUAACUCUAAGAUAUGACAGUACAGUCAAUAGAGUCAAGGUUGUGUUCGUUAAUGAUAUGAGAGCCGCAGAAACAGAACUACUCGAAAAGUUUGA